GGACAGGCUGUCUGUGUCAUCGUUCUGCACGGAGCUCGGGGGGCAGCAGCCGCUCUCUCUCCCCCCUCAACACCAACGGAUUUAGUGCCAGGAGACCCCCGGGAGACGUCCUCUGCCGAGACCCCCAGCCAUGGCUGAAGCAGGAGAGAGUGAGGACGAGAUCCAGUUCCUCAGGACGGAAGAUGUGGUUGUCCUGCAGUGCAGCACCACCUUCAGGAAGGAGCAGCUCAAGAUGUGCAUGGGAGCCGAGGGCUUCGGGAACCGUCUCUGCUUCUUGCAACCAACGUCCAAUGCCCAGAACGUGCCCCCGGAUCUCGCCAUCUGCUGCUUUGUCCUGGAGCAGUCUCUGUCGGUCAGAGCCCUACAGGAGAUGUUGGCCAACACAGUGGAGAUCGGAGGCGAGGUGCCCAAUUUGGAUAAAUGGUCAUCGCAAGGAGGAGGACAUCGGACCUUGCUGUACGGUCACGCCAUUCUGCUUCGCCACUGUCACAGCGACAUGUAUCUCAGCUGUCUCACCACGUCUCGCUCUCUGACGGAUAAGCUGGCGUUUGACGUGGGGCUACAAGAGGACGCAACAGGAGAAGCGUGUUGGUGGACCAUCCACCCAGCGUCCAAACAGCGCUCGGAAGGUGAGAAAGUGCGUAUUGGAGACGACUUGAUCCUGGUCAGUGUGUCCUCCGAGAGGUAUCUGCAUCUCUCCACCGCCAGCGGUGAGCUCCAGGUGGACGCCUCGUUCAUGCAGACCUUGUGGAACAUGAAUCCCAUCACAUCUGGCUGUGAGAUGGCUGAAGGAUACCUGACUGGAGGACACGUCCUGAGGCUCUUUCAUGGUCACAUGGAUGAGUGUUUGACCAUUGCCUCCACUGACCAAGGCGAGGAGCAGCGCAGGCUACCGCAUUAUGAGGGUGGAGCUGUUUGCUCACAUGCGCGAUCCCUGUGGCGCCUGGAGCCUCUGAGGAUCAGCUGGAGCGGGAGCCACAUGCGGUGGGGUCAGCCAUUCCGCGUGCGCCACGUUACCACCGGCAGAUACCUAGCGCGGGACGAGGAGAAGGGGCUCGUGCUGCUCGAGCCAGAGAAGGCAAACACCAAGUCCACGGCGUUCUGCUUCCGGCCAUCCAAGGAAAAGUUGGAUGUGGCCCCCAAGAGAGACGUGGAGGGUAUGGGCGCAGCGGAGAUCAAGUACGGGGAAUCCAUGUGCUUUGUGCAGCACGUCCUAAGUGGGCUGUGGCUCACGUAUGGUGCGGCGGAUCCCAAAGUUGUGCGCCUGGGUCCAUUGAAGCGCAAGGCUAUUCUGCACCAGGAAGGACACAUGGACGACGCGCUCUCCCUCUCCCGCUCCCAAAGGGAGGAAUCCCAGGCUGCAAGAAUGAUAUUCAGCACCGCAGGGCUCUUCAACCUCUUCAUCAAAGGACUGGACAGCCUCAGCGCAAAGAACAAGCCAGCCAAGCCGGUCCCCCUGCCCUUGGACAUGGUGGUUCUCACCCUGCAGGAUCUGAUCGGCUAUUUCCAGCACCCAGAGGAGGAACUGCAGCACGAAGAGAAACAGACCAAGCUCCGCUCUCUCAAAAACCGCCAGAACCUCUUCCAGGAGGAGGGCAUCAUCUCUCUGGUCUUGGACUGUAUCGACAGGCUGAAUAUCUACAGCACGGCGGCGCAUUUCGCGGAGUUUGCUGGCGAGGACGCUGCCGAGUCCUGGAAGGAGAUUGUAAACUUGUUAUAUGAACUGCUGGCUUCUCUCAUCAGGGGUAAUCGCUCCAACUGCGCUCUCUUCUCCAGUAACCUGGACUGGGUGGUCAGUAAGCUGGACCGGCUGGAGGCUUCAUCAGGGAUUUUGGAGGUGCUGUACUGCGUGUUAAUUGAGAGUCCUGAGGUUCUGAACAUUAUUAAGGAGAACCACAUCAAGUCCAUCAUUUCUCUUCUGGAUAAACACGGCCGUAACCACAAGGUGUUGGACGUUCUUUGCUCUCUUUGCGUCUGUAACGGGGUUGCCGUUAGGUCUAACCAGAACCUGAUCACUGAGAACCUCCUUCCGCGCCGCGACCUUCUUCUUCAGACAAAGCUGGUCAAUUAUGUCAGCAGCAUGAGACCAAAUGUGUUCCUGGGCACAUGCGAGGGGUCUACGCAGUUCAAGAAGUGGUAUUACGAGAUGAUCGUGGACCACAUGGAACCUUUUGUGACCGCUGAGGCAACCCAUCUGCGCGUUGGUUGGGCGAUGACUGAAGGGUACAGCCCGUACCCUGGGGCAGGAGAGGGCUGGGGAGCCAACGGUGUGGGAGAUGACCUAUACUCCUUUGGCUUUGAUGGUCUCCAUCUUUGGUCAGGUCGGGUUGGCCGGUCGGUAGCGUCACAUAACCAGCACUUGUUGGCAGGCGAUGAUGUGGUCAGCUGCUGCCUGGACCUGACGGUGCCCAGUAUCUCUUUUCGUAUCAACGGGCACCCCGUACAGGGCAUGUUUGAGAACUUUAACUUGGACGGGCUCUUUUUCCCAGUGUGCAGCUUUUCCCCUGGAGUUAAAAUUCGAUUCCUGUUGGGUGGUCGCCAUGGAGAGUUCAAAUUUAUGCCCCCUCCUGGAUAUGCCCCAGUUUAUGAAGCUCUUUUGCCGCGGGACCGGAUGCGGGUCGAGCCCAUCAAAGAGUAUAAGCAUGACUUCCAGGACAUCAGAAACCUCCUGGGUCCCACCAGGUCCCUCUGCCACACUUCCUUUGUUCCAUGUCCCGUGGAUACCGUGCAGAUUGUUCUCCCCCCUCACCUGGAACGGAUCCGUGAAAAGCUGGCAGAGAACAUCCAUGAGCUGUGGGCUUUGACCAGAAUAGAGCAAGGAUGGACCUACGGACCGAUCCGGGACGAUAACAAAAGAUUGCACCCGUGCCUUCUGGACUUCCACAGCCUUCCCGAGCCAGAGAGAAACUACAACCUCCUCAUGUCCGGAGAAACCUUGAAGACAUUGCUUGCCCUGGGCUGCCACGUGGGAAUGGCGGAUGAAAAAGCAGAGGAAAACCUGAAGAAAAUCAAACUUCCUAAAACGUAUAUGAUGUCCAACAGCUACAAACCAGCUCCUCUGGACCUCUCCCAUGUCAAGCUGACGCCUGCCCAGAACACCUUGGUGGACAAGCUGGCUGAAAACGGGCACAACGUGUGGGCGAGAGACAGGGUGCAGCAAGGGUGGACAUACAGCAUCAUCCAGGAUAUAAAGCAUAAGAGGAACCCUCGCCUCGUGCCCUACAGUCUGCUGGAUGAAAAAACCAAGAAGACCAACCGUGACAGUCUUUGUGAGGCCGUCCGCACCCUUAUCGGAUACGGUUACAACAUCGAGCCCCCGGAUCAGGAAAGCACCGCUGCCCAGGGCGUCACGAAGCCGCGUAGCGAAAGGGUGCGGAUCUUCCGCGCUGAAAAGUCCUACGCUGUCAAUUCUGGGAAAUGGUACUUUGAGUUUGAGGCGGUCACUACCGGGGAGAUGAGAGUCGGCUGGGCGAGACCUGAGGUCCGGCCAGACGUGGAACUGGGAGCCGACGAGCUGGCAUACGUGUUUAACGGCUGCAGGGGCCAGCGAUGGCACAUCGGAAGCGAGCCGUUUGGCCGUAACUGGCAGCCGGGAGAUGUGGUUGGCUGUAUGAUUGACCUCAUAGACAUGAAUAUAAUGUUUACCCUAAAUGGCGAGAUGCUGAUCAGUGACUCUGGCUCCGAACUGGCUUUCAAGGACAUAGAAAUUGGCGAUGGGUUUAUCCCGGUCUGCAGUCUUGGGAUGUCCCAGGUCGGCCGUUUGAACCUCGGUCAGGACGUCAGCAGUCUUCGCUAUUUCACCAUCUGUGGUCUGCAGGAAGGCUUCGAACCUUUUGCCAUCAACAUGAAGCGAAACAUCACUACGUGGUUCAGUAAGAGUCUUCCUCAGUUUGUGCCUGUCCCCCCUGACCACGGCCACAUCGAGGUUGGAAGAAUUGACGGUACAGUUGACAAUCCUCCAUGUUUGAAAGUCACCCAUAAGACCUUUGGCUCCCAGAACAGCAACACCGACAUGCUCUUCUUCAGGCUCAGUAUGCCCAUUGAGUUCCAUGAGACUUUUAAAUGUACGCCAGUGGCGACCCCUCUCACCCGCACCUUCACCAUCCCCGAGGAAGAUGUCUUGGAUGUGGACAUGGACUCGGAGUUCGAGGUCUUGAAGAAAUCCGCCAGCCGUAAAGAAGCAGAGGCCAUCACGGAGAAGGAGGCUGUUAAGGAGCCACCGAAGGAACUCCCCAAACCAGAGAACGAGAAGGACACGGCCUCUGAAAAAGGCAAAGGGAAGAGAGGGUUUCUUUUCAAGGCCAAGAAGUCGGCCUUCAUCUCUCCACCCCCCGUGGUGCCAGCCAUGCCCCGUCUGAUGAAGGACGUGGUGCCCGACGACCGAGAUGACCCCGAGAUCAUUAUGAAUACGACCACGUAUUAUUAUUCGGUGAGGAUUUUCGCCGGACAGGAGCCAACUGGGUUAUGGGUGGGCUGGGUGACCCCUGAUUACCAUCUCUAUGACAUGAACUUUGACCUGAACAAAGUGCGUCUUGCCACCAUUACCAUGGGGGAUGACAAAGGGAACGUAUUCAACAGCAUCAAGCGCAGUAACUGCUAUAUGGUUUGGGGAGGAGAAUUCAGUGCUAAUACCCAGCAGGCUCGCGUCCGAAAAGAGGACCUCGUGAUUGGCUGCCUGGUUGAUCUGGCGACUGGUCUAAUGACCUUCACGGCCAACGGGAAAGAGGUCAACACGUUCUUCCAGGUGGAACCGAACACCAAGCUGUUCCCGGCCGUCUUCGUCCAGCCCCUGAGCCAGAACAUGUUCCAGUUUGAACUUGGAAAACUGAAGAACAUCAUGCCCAUAUCAGCCGCCAUGUUCCGCAGCGAGAGCAAGAACCCGGUGCCCCAGUGCCCUCCUCGGCUGGACGUCCAGAUGUUGACGCCUGUGGUGUGGAGCCGAAUGCCAGAUGAGUUUUUAAACGUAGAGACCGGUAAAGUCAGCGACCGCCACGGCUGGAUGGUGGAGUGCUCGGAACCGCUCAUGAUGAUGGCUCUCCAUAUCCCCGAGGAGAACAGGUGUAUCGACAUCCUGGAGCUGUCGGAGCGCCUGGACAUGCUGAAGUUCCAUUACCACACAUUGAAGCUCUACUGCUCGGUCUGUGCUUUGGGCAACAACCGAGUGGCUCAUGCUCUGAGCGGCCACGUAGACGAAUCCCAGUUGCUUUACACUAUCGAGAGCAACCAUCUUUCUGGACUCCUCCGCAGCGGUUUCUACGACUUGCUCAUCAGCAUCCACCUGGAGUCAGCCAAGAGGGCCCGUCUCACAAUGAACAACGAGUUCAUUGUCCCCAUGACCGACCAAACAAAGAGCAUCAAGCUGUUUCCCAGUGACAGCAAGAAGCACGGGCUUCCCGGGGUUGGCAUGAGCACCUGUCUGAGGCCUGAGCUUCAUUUUUCACACACCUGUUUCGUCAGUACGAGCAGCGAACUGUACCAGCAUAGCCCUUUCAUCCCCCUGGACAUUCUUAAGAUCAAGGCCAUCAACAUGCUGACCGAGGCUGUGUUUGAUGGCGGGCAGCAUACUAGAGACCCGGUAGGGGGAAGUGUGGAGUUCCAGUUUGUACCGGUCCUAAAACUCAUCUCCACACUUCUGAUUAUGGGUGUUUUUGAGGACGAUGAUGUAAAACACAUCCUGAAGAUGAUAGAGCCCAAUGUUUUCUCAGAAGAGGAAGCGGUAGAAGAAGACGAGAACGCAACAGAGGAAGAAGAGGAAGAGGAGGAAGAAGAACCUACAGAGGAAGGUGGAGAGGAGGAAGGAACAGGCGAAGAGGAAGAAGGACAGGAAAAGACAGACGAAGGAGAAGAAAAAGUUGCAGAGGCUGAUGAGGAAGAGGCCAAGGAAGAAAGUCUGGAGGAAGGCUUGCUGCAGAUGAAGCUUCCAGAGUCCGUUAAGUUGCAGAUGUGCAACCUACUGCAGUAUUUCUGCGACCGGGAGCUGCAGCACCGCGUGGAAGCCAUCAUCGCAUUCUCAGAACGCCAUGUUGACCGUCUGCAGACCAAUCAGAGGGAACGCUACAAGGAGCUGAUGCAAGCCUUCACGAUGUCCGCCGCAGAGACAGCGCGACGGACGCGAGAGUUCCGCUCUCCUCCACAGGAACAGAUAAACAUGCUUGUGAACUGCAGGAAUGUUUCCGAGGAGGAAUACCCGGUGCCUGAAGAAAUUCGGGAAGAGUUAAUAGAGUUUCACAGCGACCUCCUGGCUCAUUGUGGAGUUCAGAUAGAAGGAGAAGAGGAAGAGGAGUUGGAGGACACCGGCCUGGCCAGAAGGCUGGCUAACUUAGUGGAGAAAGUGAGAAAUCUGCGUGGCAAAAAGGAAGAACCAGAACCGGUGCCGGAGGAGAAGGAAGAACCCAAACCCAGUACCCUGCAGGAGCUGAUCUCCCACACCAUGGUUCACUGGGCCCAGGAAUCCUUUAUCCAGAGCCCUGAGCUGGUCCGCGUGAUGUUCAGCCUGCUCCACCGUCAGUACGAUGGGCUAGGGGAGCUGAUCCGAGCUCUUCCCAAGGCCUACACCAUAAACGCCAUCUCGGUGGAAGACACCAUGAACCUUCUGGAGAGUUUGGGCCAGAUCCGCUCCCUGCUCAUUGUACAGAUGGGACCCGAGGAGGAGAACUUGAUGAUUCAAAGUAUCGGAAAUAUAAUGAACAACAAGGUGUUUUACCAGCAUCCCAACCUUAUGCGGGCUCUGGGGAUGCAUGAGACGGUGAUGGAAGUGAUGGUGAACGUACUGGGAGGAGGAGAAUCCAAGGAAAUUCGCUUCCCCAAAAUGGUGACCAACUGCUGCCGGUUCCUCUGCUAUUUCUGUAGGAUCAGUCGGCAAAACCAAAGAGCCAUGUUUGACCAUCUCAGUUACCUCCUGGAGAACAGCGGCAUCGGGCUGGGGAUGAGAGGAUCAACACCCCUAGACGUGGCCGCCGCAUCAGUCAUAGAUAACAAUGAGCUGGCUUUAGCUCUUCAGGAGCAGGAUUUGGAGAAGGUUGUCUCCUAUCUGGCCGGCUGUGGUCUUCAAAGCUGCCCCAUGCUUCUGGCUAAAGGUUACCCUGAUAUUGGGUGGAACCCGGUCGGAGGGGAAAGAUACCUGGAUUUCCUGCGAUUUGCAGUUUUUGUGAACGGAGAAAGUGUGGAAGAAAACGCCAAUGUGGUGGUGCGUCUUCUGAUCCGGCGGCCCGAGUGCUUCGGUCCAGCGCUGAGAGGGGAAGGAGGGAACGGGCUUCUUGCCGCCAUAGAGGACGCCAUCAAAAUCUCAGAGGAUCCAGCAAGGGAUGGGCCCACAGUGAAGAAGGAUAGACGGCGGGAGAUGUACGGCGGAGAGGAGGUCCACGAGGAGAACCGGGUGCACCUCGGAAACGCCAUCAUGUCCUUCUAUGCUGCUCUCAUUGAUUUAUUGGGACGAUGUGCCCCAGAAAUGCAUUUGAUCCAGGCUGGUAAAGGAGAAGCUCUGAGGAUCCGCGCAAUCCUUCGAUCUUUGGUUCCUAUCGAGGACCUGGUGGGAGUCAUUAGUCUGCCACUCCAGAUUCCUGCCUUUGGCAAAGAUGGAAACACCAUUGAGCCAAAGAUGUCUGCCAGCUUUGUUCCAGAUCACAAAUCACCAAUGGUCCUGUUUUUGGACCGUGUCUACGGCAUUGAGACCCAGGACUUCCUGCUCCAGGUUCUAGAGGUUGGGUUCUUGCCAGACAUGAGGGCUGCAGCAUCGUUGGACACAGCUGCCUUUAGUACCACGGAGAUGGCCUUAGCUUUGAACCGGUACCUAUGUCUGGCGGUUCUCCCCCUGAUCACCAAAUGUGCCCCCCUGUUUGCUGGCACUGAACACCGCGCUAUAAUGGUGGACUCCAUGCUCCAUACCAUUUACCGGCUGUCACGCGGGCGCUCACUCACCAAGGCGCAGAGAGAUGUUAUUGAGGAGUGUCUGAUGGCUCUGUGCAGGUACCUCCGUCCGUCCAUGUUACAGCAUCUCCUGCGUCGGUUGGUCUUUGAUGUGCCCAUUUUGAACGAGUACGCCAAGAUGCCACUAAAGCUUCUCACCAACCAUUACGAGCGCUGCUGGAAAUAUUACUGCCUUCCAACCGGCUGGGCCAACUACGGCGUGACAUCUGAAGAAGAGCUUCACUUAACGCGGAAGCUGUUCUGGGGCAUCUUCGAAUCCCUCGCACAUAAGAAAUUUGAUGCGGAGCUUUAUAAGAUCACCAUGCCGUGCCUGUGCGCCAUCGCAGGAGCGAUCCCCCCAGACUACGUGGAUGCCAGCUACUCUUCCAAAACGGAGAAGAAGGCGUCCGUGGACGCAGAGGGAAACUUCGAUCCCAAACCGGUGGAGACCCUGAACGUGAUUAUCCCAGAGAAACUCGACGGGUUUAUCAAUAAAUACGCUGAGUACACUCACGACAAGUGGGCAUUCGAGAAGAUUCAGAAUAACUGGUCGUACGGAGAGACGGUGGACGAAGAAGCCAAAACCCACCCGAUGCUGCGCCCGUACAAAACCUUCUCCGAAAAGGAUAAAGAGAUCUAUCGCUGGCCAAUCAAAGAGUCUCUGAAAGCGAUGAUCGCCUGGGAAUGGAUGGUGGAGAAAGCGCGAGAGGGAGAAGACGAGCGCACAGAGAAGAAAGCGAAAACCCGCAAAAUCUCCCAGUCUGCCCAGGCGACCUAUGACCCAAGCGUCCAGACAUUCAGCCCAACCCCUAUUGACCUUACUGGGAUUACUCUGUCCAGGGAGCUGCAGUCAAUGGCCGAGCAGCUGGCAGAGAAUUAUCACAAUACCUGGGGGCGUAAGAAGAAACUGGAGCUGGAGUCAAAAGGAGGAGGAACUCACCCCUUGCUGGUUCCUUACGACACUUUGACGGCCAAGGAGAAAGCUCGGGACCGGGAGAAGGCACACGAGCUGCUGAAGUUCCUCCAGCUUAAUGGCUAUUCAGUGACUCGGGGUCUGAAGGACAUGGAGCUGGACACAUCAUCCAUCGAGAAGCGCUUCGCCUAUGGGUUCCUCCAGAAGCUGCUGAAGCUCAUGGACAGCGCCCAGGAAUUUAUAGCUCAUCUGGAGGCUGUGGUGAGCAGCGGAAGGGUAGAGAAAUCGCCCCAUGAACGGGAAAUCAAAUUCUUUGCGAAGAUCCUGCUGCCUCUGAUUAACCAGUACUUCUCCAACCACUGCCUGUACUUCCUGUCCACGCCGGCCAAAGUGCUGGGCAGCGGGGGCCACGCGUCCAACAAGGAGAAGGAGAUGAUUGCUAGUCUGUUCUGUAAGAUGGCUGGCCUGGUACGACACCGCGUUUCGCUGUUCGGGAAUGAUGCCCCCGCCGUCGUAAACUGCCUGCACAUUCUGGCUCGCUCAUUGGAUGCCAGAACAGUGAUGAAGUCCGGUCCAGAGAUCGUUAAGGCCGGCCUGCGCUCUUUCUUUGAAGGAGCGUCAGAAGACAUUGAGAAGAUGGUGGAAAAUUUAAAGCUGGGCAAAGUGUCGCAGUCUCGCACCCAAGUGAAAGGCGUAGCCCAAAACAUCAACUACACGACCGUGGCUUUGCUGCCUGUGCUGACCUCCCUCUUUGAACACAUCGCUCAACAUCAGUUUGGAGAUGAUGUCAUACUGGACGAUGUGCAGGUCUCGUGUUACAGGACGCUGUGCAGUAUCUACUCUCUGGGCACCACUAAGAACCCCUAUGUGGAAAAACAGCGGCCAGCGCUGGGUGAAUGUCUCGCCCGUCUCGCAGCUGCCAUGCCCGUGGCCUUUCUGGAGCCAUCUCUGAACGAGUAUAACAUCUACUCUGUCUACACCACCAAAUCUCCCCGGGAGCGCGCCAUCUUGGGUCUCCCCAACUCGGUGGAGGAGAUGUGCCCAGAUAUCCCCGACUUUGACUCGCUGAUGAAGGACAUCUCUAUGCUGGCAGAGUCCGGCGCCCGUUACACAGAGAUGCCCCAUGUAAUCGAGGUAACCCUGCCCAUGCUGUGUAACUACCUCCCUCGGUGGUGGGAACGAGGACCGGAGAAUAUUCCGGAUGAUUCCUCGCCGUGCUGCACGAGUGUGACCUCCGAGCACCUGAAUGCCCUUCUGGGGAACAUCCUGCGCAUUGUGGUCAACAACCUGGGCAUUGACGAGGCCUCCUGGAUGAAGAGACUGGCAGUUUUCGCCCAGCCCAUCGUGAGCAAAGCCAAGCCGGAGCUGCUUCGCUCUCACUUCAUUCCCACCAUGGAGAAGCUGAAGAAGCGCGCCGGGAAGGUGGUGGCCGAGGAGGAGCAGCUUCGCCUAGAGGCCAAGAGCGAGUCGGAGGAUUCGGAGGCUCUGAUACGGGACGAGUUCUCUGUGCUGUGCCGAGACCUGUAUGCGCUGUACCCCCUGCUCAUCCGCUACGUGGAUAACAACAGAGCUAAUUGGCUUUCGGAGCCCAACAACGAUGCCGAGGAACUCUUCCGCAUGGUGGGUGAGGUCUUCAUCUUCUGGUCCAAAUCCCACAACUUUAAGAGAGAAGAGCAAAAUUUCGUGGUUCAGAAUGAAAUCAAUAAUAUGUCGUUCCUGACAGCAGACAGUAAAAGCAAGAUGUCUAAGUCUGGAGAAAGCCAGUCUGGAGGUUCUGACCAAGAACGCACAAAGAAGAAGAGGAGAGGCGACCGCUACUCCGUGCAGACGUCCCUCAUCGUGGCCACGCUGAAGAAGAUGCUACCCAUAGGCUUGAACAUGUGCUCACCUACCGACCAGGAGCUGAUCACACUGGCCAAGACUCGAUAUGCCCUGAAAGAUACAGACGAAGAGGUGCGGGAGUUCCUGCAGAAUAAUCUCCAUCUCCAGGGGAAGUGUGAUAAUUCCUCCAUGCGCUGGCAGAUGGCUCUUUAUAACAAAAUGUCUGGGAAGGCAGAGGACUCCAACAACCCAGAGAAGAUUGUGAAACGCGUUCAGGAGGUUUCAGCCGUCCUUUAUCACCUGGAGCUGACCGAGCAUCCUUUCAAAUCCAAGAAGGCCGUUUGGCACAAACUUCUCUCCAAACAGAGACGCCGGGCGGUGGUGGCCUGCUUCCGCAUGACGCCUUUGUACAAUCUCCCCAGGCAUCGCGCAUGUAACAUGUUUUUGGAGGGCUACAAAUAUGCCUGGAUAAUGAGCGAGGCUCACGAUUUUGAAGACCGCAUGAUCGACGAUUUGGCCAAAUCCGGUGUGACUGAGGAGGAGGAGGAAGAGGAAGAAGAGAAGAAGCCGGACCCGCUGCACCAACUCAUUUUGCACUUCAGCCGAACGGCUCUGACAGAGAAGAGCAAAUUAGAUGAAGAUUACCUUUACAUGGCGUACGCGGAUAUCAUGGCCAAGAGUUGCCACAUGGGAGAAGAGGAUGAAGAUGCUGCCGAAGAGGAAGAACCGGAGCUCACAUUCGAAGAGAAAGAGAUGGAGAAGCAGAGGCUGUUGUACCAGCAGUCCCGCCUGCACAACCGCGGAGCAGCCGAGAUGGUCUUGCAGAUGAUAAGCGCUUGUAAAGGAGAGCCGGGCGCUAUGGUGUCCUCCACACUCAAACUGGGCAUCUCCAUACUCAAUGGCGGAAACAACAAGGUCCAGCAGAAAAUGCUGGAGUACCUGAAGGACAAGCGCGAAGUAGGCUUUUUCCAGAGCGUGCAGGCCCUGAUGCAGACGUGCAGCGUGCUGGACCUGAAUGCGUUUGAACGUCAGAAUAAAGCGGAGGGCCUGGGCAUGGUGACAGAAGACGGGACAAUCAUCAACCGUGAACAGGGAGAGAAGGUUAUGGCCGAUGACCAGUUCACGCAGGACCUCUUCCGCUUCCUCCAACUGCUAUGCGAGGGUCAUAAUAAUGAUUUCCAGAAUUACCUGCGUACUCAGACGGGGAACACGACCACCAUCAAUAUAAUCAUCUGCACCGUGGACUAUCUCCUACGCCUACAGGAGUCCAUUAGUGAUUUCUACUGGUAUUAUUCUGGCAAAGACAUCAUCGAUGAUCAAGGGAAGAGGAAUUUCUCCAAAGCUAUGUCUGUGGCAAAGCAGGUUUUCAACAGCCUGACAGAGUAUAUCCAGGGUCCCUGCACUGGAAACCAGCAGAGUUUGGCCCACAGCCGUCUCUGGGACGCGGUGGUCGGCUUCCUCCAUGUCUUUGCUCACAUGAUGAUGAAACUGGCGCAGGACUCAAGCCAGAUCGGUCUCCUCAAGGAGCUUCUAGACCUGCAGAAGGAUAUGGUGGUCAUGCUGCUGUCUCUACUGGAAGGAAACGUGGUGAAUGGUACCAUCGCCCGUCAGAUGGUAGACAUGCUUGUGGAGUCUUCUAGCAACGUGGAGAUGAUUCUUAAAUUCUUCGACAUGUUCUUAAAGCUGAAGGACAUUGUGGCGUCCGAUGCGUUCAGAGAUUAUGUAACAGAUCCUCGUGGACUCAUCUCCAAAAAGGACUUCCAGAAAGCCAUGGACAGUCAGAAGCAGUACACUCCUUCUGAAAUCCAGUUCCUCCUUUCCUGCUCCGAAGCUGAUGAGAAUGAGAUGAUCAACUUUGAGGAGUUUGCCGACCGCUUCCAGGAGCCAGCCAAGGAUAUUGGAUUCAAUGUGGCCGUCUUGUUGACCAAUCUGUCUGAGCAUGUUCCCCACGACUCGAGGCUGAGGAACUUCCUGGAACUGGCUGACUGCAUCAUCACCUACUUCAAGCCCUAUCUGGGCCGAAUCGAGAUCAUGGGUGCAGCCAAGAGGAUAGAGAGGAUAUACUUUGAGAUCAGCGAGACCAACAAGGCACAGUGGGAGAUGCCUCAGGUGAAAGAGUCCAAGCGGCAGUUCAUCUUCGACGUGGUCAACGAAGGAGGGGAAUCAGAGAAGAUGGAGCUCUUCGUCAACUUCUGCGAAGACACCAUCUUUGAAAUGCAGAUCGCUGCCCAGAUUUCAGAGCCCGAAGAAGAGAAAUCAGAAGACGAUGAAGACGAUGGAGCCGGAGCAGAAGGCACCGGAGAAGGAGAGGAGGGAGAGGACGGCUCCGCUCCACCAGAAGCAUCGUCAGCUUUUGUGGAGUUUAUGGACAACGUAAUAAACUUCUUUAAGAUGUUCACUUUCAGAAACCUCAAGAGACAAUAUCGCAAGAUCAAGAAGAUGACGAUAAAGGAGAUAUUCAUGGCUGUUGCUUCCUUCUUAUGGACCUUGCUGCUGGGUAUCCUUCACUUCUUUUACAGCGUCUGCAAGGGUAUAUUCUUCCUCAUCUGGCACACUUUGUUUGGGGGGAGCUUAGUAGAAGGAGCCCAAAAGAUGACUGUGACCGAACUAUUGGCCAGCAUGCCAGACCCCACACAGGACGAGGUCCAUGGAGACGUGGCUCCUUCCACGAUGAGUGACGAAGUCCCGGAGGAUGGCGACGUGACGGACUUUGUGGACAUGACCAAAGAAGAAGUGCGCGAAGAAGGAGGGGAAAUCUUUGGUCUGGAGCUUAAGAAAGAUGGGGGACACUAUCGUCUCAGUGCUCCCGACGCUCCUGGUGGCUUAGGCGAUAUGGGAGACACCACUCCUGUGGAACCGCCAACUCCAGAGGGAUCCCCAAUUUUGAAGAGGAAAUUCCAGGACGAUGAGUCAAUGGGAGAUCACGAGGCAGCUGUGGAGGAGCCAGCCCCGGAACCAGAACCAGAACCAGAACCUGAGCCAGAGCCAGAGAAAGCCGAUUCAGAGAAUGGGGAGAAAGGAGCAGAGGUCCAGGAAGAGGCUGCCCCCGCCCCCGAGGAACCCGAAGACCCCGAAGAACCCAAGGUUACUGCCGCACCCAAGAAGAAAUCUCCGCGGGACAGGAAGGCAGAGGCUGGAGAUGGCGUCUCUGAGUUUUGGAAUGAACUGGAGAUCCAGAGAGUGAAGUUCCUGAAUUAUCUCUCCAGAAACUUUUACAACCUGCGGUUCUUGGCUCUCUUUGUGGCUUUCGCCAUUAACUUCAUCCUGCUCUUCUACAAAGUUUCUGACUCCCCAAAAGGAGAUGAUGACUUGGAAGGCUCUGGGAUGGAGGAGGAAAUGGCUGUUCUGGAUGACGGAGGGGGAGAGGAAGACGACGAGGAGGACAGCCUGGUAUACUUCUUUUUGGAGGAAAGCACUGGAUACAUGCAGCCAACACUUAACAUUCUGUCCAUCGCUCACACGCUCAUCGCUUUCCUCUGCAUCAUUGGAUACAACUGCCUGAAGGUACCGCUCGUCAUAUUCAAGCGUGAGAAGGAACUGGCCCGUAAGCUGGAGUUCGAUGGUGUCUAUAUCACAGAACAGCCAGAAGACGAUGACAUUAAGGGACAAUGGGACCGCUUGGUCCUGAACACACCAUCGUUUCCGAGGAAUUACUGGGACAAGUUUGUUAAACGAAAGGUGCUGGAGAAAUACGGGGACAUUUACGGCCGGGAGAGGAUUGCUGAGCUGCUGGGAAUGGACCUGGCCAGCCUGGAGAUCACCUCUCAGAACGCCAAGAAGCCCCCGCCGGAUAAUUCCAUGUUCACCUGGAUCACAUCCAUCGAUAUAAAAUACCAGAUCUGGAAGUUCGGCGUGGUUUUCACUGAUAAUUCCUUCCUGUAUCUGGUCUGGUACUUUGUCAUGUCUAUCCUUGGCCACUACAACAACUUCUUCUUCGCCGCUCACCUGCUGGACAUCGCCAUGGGCGUGAAGACCCUGCGCACCAUCCUCUCCUCCGUCACACACAAUGGCAAACAGCUCAUGAUGACGGUCGGCCUCCUGGCUGUGGUGGUUUAUCUCUACACCGUCGUCGCCUUUAAUUUCUUCCGCAAGUUUUACAACAAAAGUGAAGAUGAAGAUGAACCGGACAUGAAGUGCGAUGACAUGAUGACUUGUUAUCUCUUCCACAUGUAUGUCGGAGUCAGAGCUGGAGGGGGCAUCGGAGAUGAGAUUGAAGACCCCGCCGGAGACGAGUACGAACUUUACCGGGUGGUCUUCGACAUCACGUUCUUCUUCUUUGUCAUCGUCAUCCUGCUGGCCAUCAUUCAGGGUUUAAUCAUCGAUGCCUUUGGGGAACUGAGAGACCAACAGGAGCAGGUGAAGGAGGACAUGGAGACUAAGUGCUUCAUCUGCGGGAUCGGCAGCGAUUACUUCGACACAACGCCGCACGGCUUCGAGACGCACACGCUGGAGGAGCAUAACCUGGCCAACUACAUGUUCUUCCUCAUGUACCUGAUUAACAAGGAUGAAACGGAGCACACGGGGCAGGAAUCGUACGUUUGGAAGAUGUACCAGGAGAGGUGUUGGGAUUUCUUCCCGGCCGGGGACUGUUUCAGGAAGACGUACGAGGAUCAGCUCGGAUAACCAGGAAAUUCACCCAAUACUUUAGCGGGGUCCGGGGCGGACCCUUAACCCUGCCAGCCGCAGGGAAGCCCACCUAUUCAGCCACCAUCUUUGGCGGGGCUCACUCACAGACUUACUGUGUGGCGAGAUCCCUGCAGAGGACCUUGCAGAGUAUCGCACCUCGUGUCUUUAUAACCCAGAGAGCGCUGCAGAGAGUUCCGUGCCACGCAGCGGGGUGAUUCCUGCAGAGCAUCUCACUUUAUUCAAACCGGAGACCUCGGCAGAUCUUUGCAUCUUAGACUAGAAACCGUGUCAGGCCUUCUGUAGGAACGAGGCCGAGUGCCGUUUCACUGCCGGAUUUGUGCUGUUAACCCUUUCACUGCCAAAAGAGCUCUCCCCCUCCCCUCCCCUCCCGCGCUUUAAAGCCACCGGCCGCACAGGAAGGGCCCCUCUUGUGCUGUUGGUUCUUCCCAUAAAGAAACAUUUUAAAAAAAAAGGGUUAAAAAAAGCAAAUCUUUCCACUAUUUAUUUGAUAUGAAUUCAGGGGAUUUAAUUAAACUGACGCGUUUCUAUUCCAUGGCUUCUAUUCGGAGCCUGGUGAUUUUUCAGAGGAUUUACUGGGAAUUUCGGGGGUAACUGGGAAUUCUGCCGUCAUCUAAACGCACCCUGGAGCUCCGACUUUGCGCUGUAGCUAAAACGCGCCGCUUAGUAAAUCGCGCCCAGAGGUGCAGAAAGUCAAAGCACAAUAUUAUUAGAGAUUUCUAAAGGGGGGGGAUUGCCCCUCCGUCACAGAGUGCCUUGUACCCCCUUCCCCGGGAGACGCGUCCCGGCUGUGAAUGAGUCGUGGCUGCUGGGAUUCGUUUGUCGCGUUGGGCCGCGUUAGUGAGACGUCUGCGUGUUUCUGUGGCUGAGCCUCUCGUCCUCCCGGCAGCUGCAGAACAUCUUGUGUUUUACAUUCGCUGUACGUCUUGUCUGCAGAGAGGGUCUCCGGAGCCCCGCAGAGACCCCAGCGUGGGUUUGUUGGGGGGGGGUCAGCCUUUGUUGCUGCUUUUUCUGUUCCGAUUGUCCGUAAUAAAGUAUUUAUUAAUUAUGCUGUGA